GCAGAAAUAAUGGCUGACGAAAACUGGAAUGAGGAUGGAAUGGAAGCGGGCGGCAUGGCUGUGGAGAACAUGCCGUUGCCACAGGCGGCUGAUAUUCCCGAAAUCAAACUGUUCGGAAGAUGGAGUUGUUAUGAUGUUCAGGUUUCCGACAUGUCGCUCCAGGAUUAUAUUUCUGUCAAAGAGAAGUACGCGAAGUACUUGCCUCACUCCGCCGGUAGGUACGCUCACAAACGUUUCCGUAAAGCUCAGUGCCCGAUUGUGGAGCGCCUGACGAACUCCUUGAUGAUGCAUGGCCGUAACAACGGCAAAAAAUUGAUGGCCGUCAGGAUCGUCAAGCACGCAUUUGAAAUUAUCCACCUUCUAACUGGAGAGAACCCUCUGCAAGUUCUUGUGACAGCUAUUAUCAACUCUGGCCCCCGUGAAGACUCUACUAGAAUUGGUCGUGCUGGUACAGUACGUCGUCAAGCUGUGGACGUGUCCCCACUGCGUAGAGUGAACCAGGCCAUCUGGUUGCUGUGCACUGGUGCUCGUGAGGCAGCCUUCAGGAACAUAAAAACAAUUGCCGAGUGUGUUGCUGAUGAGCUUAUUAAUGCUGCUAAGGGCUCAUCUAACUCGUAUGCCAUCAAGAAGAAAGACGAGUUGGAGCGUGUUGCUAAAUCCAACCGUUAAUAUUUAAGUGAUGGACUCAAUAAAAAAAUAAGAAAAGUG